ACAUACACAUACACACACACUGCGCGUGCGUCUUCUCACCAGCCGCCACCGCAGCAUAUAGACCAGUAGUAAGCAAUAGCAUCUUUGGCCUACCAAAAUGGCAUUCGGUCAGUACCAAAUCCAAAACCAGAACCAACAACAACAGAACUCGCGCAAGAUGCGGCGGUCCACUCUCAUAUCGGACGAAGAAUUCGACAGCUCGGAAGGCGAGGAUGUCCCCGAGUCUGUGGUCGGUCCAAUUGAAAUCCCCAAAGCGCCCUCACAUCCGGAAUCAUCAUCCCGGCAUGGAUCCACACCAGGAAUGAAAGCGCCUUCUCACAUUGACUUUUCUACAGGGUCGCACUCGCCGCGCCACUCUUUUGGCGGCGGCUCGGCACCGCAACAGAACCACAUGCAGCAGCGCCUUGGGCAGCAGGGCCAGGCCUCCCUAGGCGACUCCAGGUGGCCGCCACAGCUAUACCGGCAGUGGUUCGGAGCAAUUGCCGAGGGACGCUCCAUCCAGGUACACUCAAUUCUGGCGGACCACCCUAACGUCCUGGAUAUGCGGCGAAAGGAGCCGACCCCGUUCCACAUGGCACUGACACAUAUUGCCAGCGAGUGGCUAGGAAAUGACACCACGGGGAUGGACGGCCUCCAGGUUGCCAUCAUGGGAUACAAGAACGCAUAUGCCAACUGGCGGCUGGGUAACGGCGCGCAGAGCGAGCAAAUGGCAGGCAUGUCUGCCGAUCAGAUGAAGGAGCACGUGGCAGUGAGGGAGGUUAUCCUUGGGGCGCUCAUUGAUGCCAUUUCGCCCGAACAGCUCGACUCGCAUUUUUUUGGCCGCCAGCAGAACACCACUUUGCACCUGGCGUCGUUCUACAACGACGCCAACUUGGUCGAGCGGCUAUUGCGGCAGGGAGCGGCCGUGGACAUUUCCAACCGCAUGGGCUUCUUACCCUCUGGGAUUACUAACGACAAGCCCACUUUGCAGUGGCUGGCUAUGUACCAAGGCCAGGUGCGCGGCACACGGUACCAGACCCAGCCAUCACCGCCUCAGGAACACAUGGAGCAGCAGCAAUUUUACGGGACGGACACUGACGACGCGUAUGGCCAGUAUGACGACGCGCCCGGCAGCGACGGCGGCAUUUUUCCAGUCUCUCAGCAGCAGCAGCAGAAUUAUGGACAUGACCAAGUCUCGCAGAUCAGUCUUAUCGAGUCGGAGCUUCAGCUCGAAAACAUUAGCCCCACCGACGACAGCGAACCAUCAGAGUCUCCCUACAUCAAUAAGUUUGGUAAUCGCUCCCCCAAGGACCUGUAUCCGGCAAUGGACGGCUCGAUAGACUACAGCGACCACGACAGCGUGAGCGACGAGCAGAGCAACGAUGGCCAUGAUGACGAUCAUGCCGACAAUGUCUCAGUGGCCUCGUCCAACGACCGGCACAGCCUGGGACUAGGCGGCAAUAAAAUUGGCUUGGCCAAGAGCCCACAUGAGCCCGUCCCCCUUCGCCAGCGAGUGCUCGACAGCCAGCUGGCACGCAAGGAUGACGCUCGCAGCGCGACGGCAAGUAUAGGCAGCGACACGGCCCACAAUAGCUCCCACUCGCCAUCAGUUUCGCCGAGCGUCAUGUCCUACCACACGGCCCCUGGUGGCAUGAGCGACGACGGGAGUGGAGAACAGGAUUUUGAGGGUGCCGACGGCUACCGAGGUAACAGUGCGACCAUCCGCAUGAAGGUCGACCCGAAUACCAUCAACGACAACGACAUUGACGACAUUUUCAGCGACACGGACGACAUUGUUCAGAUGGAACCGUCGUAUUGCGACAAUGCCGCUGGCCUAUCGGACUCGCACAACUGGCCUGCGUCACCCCGGCAGUCCAACUCGUUGGGCAAGCACACUUCGCUGACCUCAUCAAUGUCAUCCUCAGGAUUGAUAACCAUGCAGUCGCUUAACAAGGCCACACCACGGGCUUCCCUGAACGGCAAUAAUUCACCUGUGAGCACCAUGAUAUCGGCGUUUCCGGUGGUCCUUCAGGAUACAUCAAUGCAGCAUCUGAUUCGCGAAUCUAACACUAAGCAGCAUUCGGCUGUCGAGCAAUUGAAGCAAAGCGAGUCUGCGGGCAAAGACUCGUCACAACCGCCGCGGCCCGCCAGCCCAUUCCUAUUACGCGACUCGCUAUACGAGAUGAUAAUGGGGCGGUCCUCCAGCAGGACCAGUUUGACGAGCGGCUGCUCUGCCAAUAGCACUAGUAUGUCGAGCAGCUCAACAAUCGGCCUGUCUCGCGAACACCCGACCUUGCUCGGGCUGCAGCCCACCUCGCCGACUUCACCGACCUCAAUGAACUCUCAGCUCAGCCCUGAGAGCACGACCUUUGAAGCAUACUCCACGUCGCCGCCGCAGCCUUCCGAGUUUAUGGCCAGCAGAGAGGUAUUUUUGGAGGCUGCAGCUAGGCCGAGGACUCCAUUGGAAUCGUCUGCUGUCGCGGAGGACAGCGCUACCACCCUCACGGAGCCUUUGUUGGGCGGUUUGUCUCCAGUUCCGACGACGGGAGCCAGCCAUUACCAAAGCUUCCAGACCACCGAGUCUGAGCUGGAUUUGGUCUCAGACUCAAACUCGGACUCGGACUCGGACUCAGAAGCGGAGCCGGUCUUAGCUAUGGAUGAUGCUGCCAGCAACUUUUUUGACACCCGCGCGUCGUCGCCAGUGCCACACCCGCGCCCAAGUGCAUCUUCUCUGUUUUCGUUUAUGCAGGAUUCAGAGCUCGUUCCCGCCGAGAAAACACGCAUAUACAAUCCUGAGCCUGUGCCAGAGACAAAUGAGGACGAGGAAGAAGAGCAGGCGGAACAGGUAUCUGCGAGUGCUGGCUAUGAAGAUUUCCCGCCGUUGGCCGACGCAGUUCUCAAGCCCGGAAGGAUUGGAAGGCGCCAGGGCCGUGCAACAGUGGAAAUGCUUCAGGAUGACGACGUUUCCGGGUUCAGCUCUGAGCCCCAGUUUAGCUUUAUACUGCCAAAGCUCAGCACAGAGAGCCUGUCAGACAUGCAUGCGACGCGGAAAGCUGCCAGCGAGGCUGAGGGUGAGGCCGAAGCAUAUUCGCCAUUGCCAGGGAUCCAAGAGCUGCCGAGCCUUCCGGACAAUGUCCCGCUAACUCGCGACAAGCGCGACCAGUAUCUGCAGACGCUGAUCAACCGCAGUACAAUGCGAGGAACAGGCUCAAGUGGGAAGCCUAAGGGCAAGCGGCCUGCACACGCAGCGAUUACGCAUGCGAUGCGCGCAGCCUCUCCAGCACCGACCUUUGGCAGUGCAACCAAUAUGAGCAGUUUCGACGAUGCUGACGAUGCCGAUGCUGAGGUCGAUCAUUUUGGUAUGACCAGUGGGCGCGACAGCAGACAUUCCUCGAUGCGCAGCGACGGGCCCAUUGAUGCGCUGCAUCUGCGGCCGACAUCGCCUUAUAACACGCGCGAGGCGCUGGCGGUCAGCGGCGCGUCAAUCAACGGGCGCAUCCGCUCGAACACCAUGGGCAACCUGGGCACCCCUGCAUUGUUGGCCAAGUCCAUUACGCAGGCGCGUAAGGUUUCACCGUCCUUGACCACGCUGAAGAACCGCAGUCUCGUGUCCAAUUCCACUGCCAAGCUGACCUCGCCUUCUGUGCUUGAGCCAACUUUGGUUGAGGCAAGCCCUAUGCGCAUGGCGACAUUGAGCAAUUUCGAGAAAAAUCGGAGCCGUGCUAUGAGCUCGCCCAUGGAGCCUCGGCCGCAGUCGGCGCUCUCUUUGGCAGGCAACUCGGCGCGCAUCGGUCGGGUCGCAGCGCUGUCGCAGAACUUUGAGCGCCAAAAGGCCGCUUUGGAUCUGCCGCCCAUGAUUUCCAUUCCCGGGCGAGCCAGCACGGGCACCAAGUCUGCUAAGAAUGCAGCCGAUAGGCUUGCGCUUGGUGCGAUGUCGGCACCGCUUGGCGGCAAGAGAAUGGACUUUGGCAAGCCGACCGCUCGGUCCAACAGCAUUUCGAGCUCGCAUGACACUGGUGCUCAUGGCCAGGUCACAACUGCCGAAUCAUCGCAGGCAGCAAACAACGGCGAGAAUCAGCAUGAGCAUGAACCACCAUCGUCUCCAUCUGAUAUCGGUGCUCCCCCUGGCGGCCUUGGCGGCGGCAGGGACAAUGGCGGGGAGAGCGGCAGUGGCGAGUCAAGUUCAAACAACAGCGUGUCCGUCCUGGAGCCGAUCAGCACCGAUAGCAAUGGCAGCAAUACGAGCCAUAGCAGCAGCGCCAGCAACACCCGCGGACUUGCGGCCAGCGCAGAUCAGCACAGCGCCGACUUUGGCCCUGCGCUAUUUGACUCGAGUGAGUUGGGCGGGCAGUUGGGCUCGUCGAUAUUCUCAUCGGUCGAUUUGCCAGUAACCGGAAGCCGGGACAGUCUGCCACAGUUUGAGUCCUCUUCUGUCAUGAAUGCAUCGGCGUCCUCUGGUUUGCAUGCGCCUGUGUCUUUGCGGCGUGAUUCUGACGGCAGCCACUCGAACCGAGCCAAGGAGCUUGCCGACCGCCGGAAGAGUGGCACCCUCGCGCGCAUUUCCAACCGCGGCCUGGUGAAGAACCGCAAGGCCCUUCUUGACUCUAGCGAGUCCAGUAUGGCGCGCUCAACGUCGCCGUCAAAGUCAUCGGUGUCCUCUUUGUCUUCAAAGAGCAAGCACAACCGUGUUCAUUUUUUUGAGCCGGAAAAGAAGGCUGUUGACGCCAGCAGCCACCGCUCUCAUGAAGUACUCAGCCAGUCGGUUUUGGACACCGCUGGACCCGCGACCAGCUCUUUUUUUGGCCAACAGGGUGAAGGGCGCAGCCCUCGAGGUAUUGCAGCCGUAGACGACAGCAUGUUGCUCUCUCUUGGCGACGCAGCAAUGCAUCUUGAGGAGUCGCAGCAGGCAGUUGUGUCUGCCCUUCACCCUGGUAGCCAGCUUCGAAACGCGUCAUUUGUCGUUGAUAGCAGUAUUGGCCGUUCUGGUAUCAAUGCUGACGAGCUGCUGGCGCUCUCGUUGUCUGCGAAUCAUCGCGAGCUGGUGUUCAGAGAUGUUGCAGGCGCCAUCAUGUCUCGUGGCAGCAGCAGUGGUGGCAAAUCCAAGGCGGGAAGCAGUUCGGGCGAAGACUCGUUCCACAUUUUGUCCUCCACUGAUUCUGCGGGCACUCCCGGGUCAACGCCAUUGGAUAGUGUGCUGGAGAACACCAGCGUAGGGCUUUUGGCACAGUACGCCAGCAACCAGAAGCGCAUUGACAGGGAGUACGCGUUUUCCAGCUACGAGCCGCUGUCCACCGCGUCUGAUGGUGGGCCGGAAUCGUGCGCCAUGGGCGAGUCUUCGCGUCGGGCAAACGUCGGUUCUAGCCAGGGUCCUGAGGGAUCUGACAAUGUCGCGGGGCAGCUUGAUACAAUGAUGCCUGUGCGCCCCCACUACGACUCGCGCGUGCUGUUUGGCCUGUCCACGGUGGAUGAGGAAGAUGAAAGCAGCCGUAACCAGAGCGUGGCAGAUAGCGAGGCGUUAGCACAGAGGGGGUCUAUGACUGGUAUUAAGACCACGAUGUCUGCCGCGAACGUAACCGCUGCGGCUUUAGCAUUCAGCCAGGCAACGUCAUCAGCGUCGGCCAGUGCGUCGUCACCCAACACUCGGCCGGUGGUUGAGAUGCAGGAGCGCCGCCAUCCCAAUGCGUCCGUGGGCGGAUUGCGCUCAACUCUUGCGCGGGAGCAGCACCUGCGGCAGUCCUUGACGUCGGUGUACCAGGGGCUAGGUCCGAUGGGCAUUCCCGAGAUCAUCGAUGCCAGCACCGGACUGCCGGUUCCGGAAAGCCCUGUGCGGGAUGAGUUUGAUCUCUCUUUGACGGGCGCCGGCUUAGCUGCAUUGAUGGCCGACGAUGACACCCAUUCUCGCGCGCCGUCAUAUGGCUCGCACUCCUUUGAUGCGAACCUGGUGUUUGGGUACACGUCUGAGGAGAACAACAGUACGCUGGGAAGCCGCAGCAGCUUUGGGCGCAGCGAGUUCAACAACACAAGCGGCCCCGGCUCAUCGGCAAGUCGCGUGCUCUACAUGCACCCAAUCGACCAGCCGCCGAGCGAUUUUGACGGGUAUAACGGGGACAGCGAGACCAGGGCAGUGGAUUGGGACUCACCCGCAACCUCAGGUAGCCGUGCUGGCGGCGAGGAUAUGCUCAGCAGCGCCAUAUUUUUGGACAUGGGCAAAGCGCCGAUGCGUAAGCUUACCGAGAUGCAGCAGGUGCGACCGGCGUCCGUUGCGCAGACUCCUGAGCACAUCACUACUAUUGAAGAGCUCGAAGAGGAUCUGUCUCCGGAUGAGGAGCCGAUUCCCGCAGCGUAUUUCCUAGAGUCGCAAGAUUUUGAUGGCUACGUGACGUUGGGAAACCAGAUGCUAGAGGAGCGUGAGGAGAGGCGCAUUGAGCGGCGCAUGAAGAGGGAGGCUGCCAAGAAGGGGCUUCCGCCACCGUUGCCAGAGGAGUCCCCCAGGGUUAUGUCACCAUUGUGGUUUGUUGACAACAGCUACGUUGACCCACUGCCGCCGCCGUUGAUGGAGAUGAUGCUCAAUGAACGCAACCAGAUCAUGCCGGAGAACACGAUUGACGACCGCGUCAACGUGCAGCCGGGUAAGAAGCGAAUUCUGGAGUCUGGGUCUAUCUCGACGCUGCGUCUGCGUCAGGAGCUCGAUGAGUUUAUGAAUGAGGACGAGCAUGCUGGCACUGGCGGCGUCAUCCCAGAGUCUGUUAGUCGAGGCACGAUCAAACCCCUGGUCAAGCGCCAGCGUGUCAACAACAUCUCGACAAUGUUUGAUCCGCCCUCGUCGGCAGCAGAUGAUUUGGCGCCAGUGAAAGAAGUGGCAGCGGAAGCCGGCGGCAAAGCGUAUGGCACGCGCAAGUCUUUCCUGGACAGCGUUGAGAUUCCCGUAUCCGAUAUCGAGAGCGCCGGCUCUAGCGACGCCAGCCUGGUGCGCUGGGACAGCCUUCGGAACCUAGCAAAUGAGGACGAAGCAUUUGCGCCAAUAAUCUCGCAAGAGUUCCAGGUUCCUGGGCACAGAUUCUACCGUGGGCCGGCUGCUAAGCAGCCCGGCACUAAGGCCGCGCAGUCCCAGCAGCCGCAGCAGUUACCUCGUAAGCGGCUUGUUCUGCGUUCAAAGGCAAAGACAUUUUCCGAGCGUGUUAUAGAUGAGGUCAACGAACUCGAUGUACAGAUUAAAACAGACAACUACGGCACAAUCAGCACGCACGAGGCGGGGCAGUUCGCCUACGAGCCACCAGCCGGCACUGUGCGUCCAUCGGUGAUUCCGCAGUAUGUGUCGCAGCUCAACGGCGUGCCCGCCGGACCGUUCUUUAUGCCACCCAAGGCAUCAGCAAAGUCGGGGUAUCUGUACAUGCGCAUUCUUGGCAUUGAACAGAUUGAGGACAAGACGGACACGGUGUACUUUGUCAUUCGCAAUGGCAUCGACACGCUGUCGACGCUACCCGUUACUGUGGGUGGUAAAAACGGCACAACAAUCAACCAGGAGUUCCGCAUCUUGACCGAUCCCAGUAUCUCCAUCACAAUGUGGAUGCGCUUCCGCAGCGAUGCUAUCAUCUACAAGGGCGGAGGCAAUAUGGCCGGCAGCCGCCUGGGUGAUGGCGGUUGUUUGCCACCGUUGCUGCGCAAGCUGAUUCGUCGCAAUACGCGGUCGCGCAACAAUAGCCGUUGGAACUGUGCGAGCUCGAAUGACAGCGUGUUUGACUUUGACGAGCGACAGACCAAGUUUGCGCCUGGCGCCAGACGCGAUGGCAGGGCGCCCCAGGCACCCGGCUUUUUGAGCCAGCAGCAACACCAGGGAGUGCAGGGUGGUGAGUAUCCUGAGCGCAACUCGAGCGUGUUUGCGAGCCAGACUCGGCCAGGCCAGCCCGGCGAGCCCAACGUCGACGGAGGCAACGAUCAACAAAUCCUGGAAGGAUACAACGACCCGCGAUCCUUGAACGCAACUCAGGCGCCGUCGAGCAUUUUUUACGAACCCGGGACCGAGCGCAUGGACCAUUUGUCCUCAAACAAGGGUCUGGCCCAGGCGAGGUUCAAAGAGGAGACGCGUGGUGUUGCUGUUGUGCAUGUGGGCGAGAUGAUCGAGGAGGUGUUUUUGCGCGGGCUUGUGGACUCGUGGGACGUCGAGAACGUGUGGGAUAGCUGCAAGGGUGCGCGUCUGCAGCUCCAGCUGUUCUAUAUUCCCGAAUGCCCGCUGUUCCGCGAAGAGGAGCUGCCCAAAACACUGUCCGAGUGCGAGAUGGCCAUGGAGGUGUGCAAGUUCCACAACCGCACACUGAACUCGGGCUACAUGAGCCAGCGUGGCGGCGACACGCGCUUCUGGCGCCGGCGCUAUUUCCGUCUCAUUGGCGGCUUUUUGUUUGCCUACCAUGAGGACACGAAGGAGCCGCGCUGCUUUGUCGACCUCAACGACGCCACUCGUGUUGUUGACCACCAUGCUGACAAGGCUCGUCGCGGUAUGCCCACUAGUCCCAUGGCAAGCAGGCUUGGUAACGCUGACUUGGUGCUUUCGCCGCAGAUGCGUCGCCGCCAGACGCACAAGCGCAACAACUCUGACCACACCUCUCGCGACGGUGGGAUUGCUGCUGCUACAGCCGCCAGGGGCUCUGCCGAGCGGAGCGGCUCGCGGCACUAUUCCUCAGGCCUCGGCUAUGCGUCGGACUCGGAGCCUGCCGACACGGUGGACAUUGCUGAUCCGGCGCUGCAGCAGUCGACUAUGAGGCGGCGCCGGAACCAGCCGCCAUUGAGGGGCGCUGCGGAUUCGAGGAACUUUAGCGUCAACUCGCGCGAUAACCCGCUGGACAAUGUUGUGCAGCACAGCUUUAGCAUUGAGUUUAGAGAGGGUGGGGCUAUUGAGUUUUACACAGAGUCCGAGAAGGAGAAGCGCGUGUGGGUGGAGAUUAUGAAGUGCGUUAUCGGCAACAUUCCGAAGAUCCCGUCGUGGUUGAUUAAGCUGCUGCACGCCGAUGUGUCAGAGCGCAUGGAGUCUGAGUCGGUGAUGGCUUCGGAGGCCUCUGUGGCUACUAGUAUCAGCACGCCCAGCUCCAAGUUCCAGGAGCUGACCCAUCCGCACAAUCUAUACCAAUAGUUUGCCCCAUUUGUACGCCAUUUUUUGCUUCCAUUUUCCAUUUUCUUUUUCGUUUUAUGUUUUGAUUUAGCGUCUUCAUUUUUAAUUAUUUCCCCCUUUUUCAUUAUUCA